AUGUCCUGCUCCAGCCUGUGCGUCCCUUCAUGUGGGGUGGCCGCCCCAGCCCCUCUGGCUGACACAUGCAACGAGCCCUGCGUGCGGCAGUGCCCUGACUCCACGGUGGUGAUCCAGCCGCCACCCUCGGUGGUCACUUUCCCCGGGCCCAUCCUCAGCUCCUUCCCGCAGCACAGCGUUGUUGGGUCAGCGGGAGCCCCCGGCGUUGGAGGGGGCUACGGUGGCACUUUUGGAGGCCGUGGUGGUUUUGGUGGUUCAGGGGGCUAUGGGGGGUAUGGAGGCCUUGGGGGCUAUGGUCUCUAUGGAGGCUAUGGAGGCUACGGUCUUUAUGGUGGCUACGGAGGCUACGGGAGCUGCGGAUAUGGUGGCUGGGCCCGAGGCCACCGCUACCUGAAUGGCAACUGCGGGCCCUGCUAA